AUAUUUCCAAACCACAACAACCAACAAAUUUUCAAAAUUCUAUAGCUUUUCACUUUUGAUUUCUGUCACAAGAAACCUGCUUAAAAGUAUUUGUUUCACUUGAGAAAGAUUCUUAUUCAUACAACAAUGGCCAUUCGCCAAAUGUUGAGACGUUCUUUAUCCAGUGAAAGAAGGUCGACUGAAGUUUCGAAAGGGCAUGUUGCUGUUUAUGUCGGGGAGGGUGAAAAGAAGCGUUUUGUGAUUCCAGUGUUGUACUUGAACCACCCCUCGUUUCAAGAAUUACUGUUUCAAGCAGAGGAAGAGUUCGGAUUCAAUCACCCUAAUGGAGGCCUCACCAUCCCUUGUAGUGAGGACUUGUUUGUAGAUUUCAUCUCUGGCUUCAGCAGAAGAUGAUUUGUAGCAAUAGUUUUAGGAGUAUAAUUUUGUAGAGUAGAAUAUGUAUACAUUGGAAAAUCGUAUAAUAGUAGAUGAAUAUAUAUAAAUGAAACUUUAUGGACCAAA